AGAUUUACCUUGGACGUUGAUAUGCUAUGCACAAUUUUUGUAGAAAAUUAAAUUUGCAUACGCUUAAGUUAGAUGGCGAAAACAAUAACUAAAGUACUCGUCAUCCUUGUUGAAUAUAUAAAGGAGAUUCAAGACAGUUUUCGUUUCAAAAGAAAGUUGUCCUUUAUACGGUUCAGUAGGCACUCUAUACCCGUUUCGAUUCAAUAAAACGUUACACAAUAUGGGUCAGGUUUCCGUUUCAAUAUUAACAUCGCUGGUCAUCUUUCUUGUGUACUAUUUUCUGGUCGGAAACGUUGCAGCUUCAAGCAGCGUCAAUUCGGAUACCAUUCAGAAAACACAAUCGCCGCAUGCAACGCAAAACUAUAGACGAUACCACAGAUCACCAAUGAACAGCGGUUCUGGUUCGAAAUCGUUAUUGCCGAGGUCGAAAAUAAUUCCGAUCGAAUUGGAUCUUCUCUUGGAUGACGAAGAAAUGUACGACAAAAGUAAACGGUAUGACGACUACGGGCACAUGAGAUUCGGCAAGCGGGGCGGUGAGGAUCAAUUCGACGAUUAUGGUCACAUGCGAUUCGGCAAACGGGCUGGUGGUGAAUAGUGAAUUUAAUUGUCUUGAAUUAAAUUGUGUGUUUCAUUUAUUGGAUUUGUUCAAUUUUUAAUUUGGUUUCGAAUCAAUGUAAAAUAUUACCGGCUGUUUUUAUUAUUAAAAAGUGAAAAUU